AUGACGGCAUUCAUUGGCAGGAACGCGACGGACACGAUUGGCUUCAUACAUACCGAGUCAGAAGAGGAACUUACAAAAUGGGCAGUCAGCCUAAGCAAGAAGUACAUCUCCAUUCCGACAAAAGCGUACGAUAUGUCAUGUGGCAUCGGCUCGUCCUACACACGACUCAACUACCCGGCUACUCUGGCUUCGGAGGGCAACCCAUUGGCUGAUGGUGGGCUCCCCGGGGAACUCGACCCGUACGUCCACGGCGUCAAUGAUACGAUGUGGGUGGAUGAUAAGACGAGGUAUUCUUCAACUGAUCAUAUGGCUCGAUUCAGCGAGUUGGCCAUUGCGUAUACUGUGGAGCAGGCUGGAUGGGAUAAUAAAUGGAAUUGA